GUUUUUAACCACAACAAAAAUCUAACGUCACUGUCGACGAUCAGAUGCCCUUCAUGUAUAAAAAUCCCCACUCACAUGACAACCCUCCCCCUCUUCCAAAACCCAAGAUUCCACCACCACCACCACCACCACCACCACCACAAAUUCGAUCUCCUCCGCCGCCAUCACCACCACCACGACAAUCAAAACCCCACCAUGUUUUCCCCACCUUACCGGCUCAUGCUAGCCACCAGCACCUGGCUGCGAACCCGAAGGAGCCGCCGUGUCUUGCUCCUCCUCUUCUCACCGAUCCUCCUUCCCUUUCUUUGCGCCACCUUGCCUAUCCUCUGGGCCGCCGAGCUAUGCGUCAGCCUCUGCCACCGUAGCCGGAGGAAGAAAGAUGAAGACGGAGGCGAUCGGUUGCGGCGGUGUGAAGAGGGGUUUUGUGACUGCGAAUGUGAAGAGGAAGAGGAGAAAGAAGUUGGGUUAUUGCAAAGGUAUUUAGAAGAUCAGUUACGGCUUGUUGGAUCCGUGUAUGAGUGUGGUGAUGAGUUUGAUCAUCACAAUGAUGGCGAUGAUCAAGCUGAUCAUGAUCAUAUUCUUAACACACCUCUUCUGGUUUAAUUUUCUUUAGAUUGUUUUUGGGGGUUUGAUAUAAAUUAAAAUUAGGGCUUAACCUUGUUAAUUAAGCUCG